AGAAGAAAGACGAAGAUGGCAGCGCCACGGCGAAUGUGGACUAUUGACAAAGAAGAUAAACUCGCUGAACUCUGGCAGGAACAGCGAGCACUGUAUGAUGUCUCUAGCAGCGUGUACCAUGACAGGGUCGUCCGUGAUGAUAUUUUACAGCAGAUCGCCCAAGAGCUACAUUUAUCAGUACAAGAUGUCCAAACAAGAAUGGCAACGCUCAGGACACAAUUUGGAAAACUUAUAAAAGAAAAAGCAAGUGGUAGUGGCUUUAAACAGCCAACAUCAAGGCAGAAGUGGAUAUUACAACAUUUGCAGUUCCUGAAGCCAUUUGUCUUGCAGAGAGCAAGUCAAAGUAGUUUGGAACUUGAAGACGACACUAGUGCUCAAGGAGGAGCAGACAGUGAUAUGGAAAAUGACACUAAUCUGUCACCUGGUUUAGAGCAGAGUUCUUGUGACACACCUUGUGAAAAGGAACAACCUGCCUCUGGACCACCUGCCUUUGGAAAUCCAUCACGUCGGGCCAAGUACAGGCUUCAGAAAAAUGACAACAUUGAGCAACAAAAACUUGCAAUACUCAAUAAGGUUGCAGACCGAAUUUCUAAUAGAGAGGAAAAAGGGGAGUAUUCCUUUGGGAAACAGGUGGGGGAGGAACUUGGCCGAAUUAAAAACCCUGCCCUAGUACUGAGAUUAAAAAGAGCUAUAAUGUCUCAGAUUUAUGAUGCUCAAGAAAGUGAAAUUUCUGUGCAUCCUAUGCAAACUCAUCCAGGCUUCCCCAUGUCUGGAAGUUACUUUUCUCCCCAUCCUACAUACAUUCCUAAUCCACCAUCCGCAGCAUCCUCCCGCACCCCCACGCCCCUUAAUAUCCCAGCCAAAUUACACAUUAAUGCAUCAGCUAGAUGAUACAGGGUGCAAUCAGCUACAAGAGCUGUAGUUGUAUAUUUUUUUUGCCAUUAUUUUGGCUAGAAUACUGUUCAAAAAUGCUGUGGGCAACACAGAAAGAAACACAGAAUGCUUAACUUUUGAUUGAUGUAAUUUUAUUUAGUUUUGAUUUGAUUUUUG